GCCAAGAUCCAACGAUUAUAACUCACCCAAUAGUUCCAUCCAUUUCCAUUGCCAUUUGGUUUUCAUCAUCAAUGAAGGAAUGAAAGACAGAAUGGAAAGGUUUAUAGUUCUUCCUUUCUCCAAUGGCUGUUCUUCUCAGGCAAGUGUUGCUGUUGGCAAAAGUCCCCCCAGGAAACCAAAAUCAGAAGCAACUCCAACAAGUAUGGGUAAACAAGUAGGAGAAGAAUGUUCAUCCAAGGGAAGAACAAAGAACUCAUUUGGUUGGUUGCCUCUGCCAAAGCCCAACAUAUCCAGUGGGAUAUACAGAUUGAUCAGGACUACUCUAAAAAGUUUCUCUCAGUUAUUUGUUUACAAAGAAAUGGAGGAAGAAACAGCAGAGAUGGAAAUUGGGUUCCCAACAGAUGUGAAGCAUGUUACACACAUAGGAUUGGAUGGUACAACCACAACCAACCCUGUAAAGGGUUGGAAAGAUUUCAAGCGGCCUGAUAUUAUUGCUUUCCCUUCAAUUUCUUUAAGGCAAUUCGACCUGGCCAUGGCUGCCCAAACUCAACAUGGACCACUCAUUGUUUGA